CCCAGCUGUAUACUUUGCUGAGUGAGCUACACAGUGCAAUAGCUCCAGCUUUUUGGUCUUUUCUGCAUCACACAGCAUAUUUCAGAAAUUUAAUUUUGAUGCUUAUUGGAGCUUCCGAUCCUAUUCUGAAGGUUCAUGCCAUUAGCAGAAAAACAGACAAGAAAAAAAAAAAAAGAGUUAAAUUCCAAGCACAGGUGGAUGAUGAAAAUUUAAGCUCUCCAAGUUGCCAGAGGGAAACUGUAAGAACAUUUCUAUGUGAGCACAGAGAAGGGUCUCAGUACAGACUCCUAUACUGGAAUGUCUUGCAAGCGUGGUGGAGCUGUCUUAUCUGUCACACACCUGAGAUUGAAGGUCUUUUUGUGCUGGCUGUGCAAGACUCUUUGGAGUGCCUUUGCUGCAGAGAUGAAUGUUUGCAGACUACGUUUAACAGUACCACCUGAUGAAGUCUCACAGCCUGAGCAGGGAGCAAAAGAACCUGAAAGAAAGAAACAUGAGCUCUACCAUGUACCAAAUGGCAUGUCUCCAGGGAAGCUCUCUCAUGGAAUGGUGUAUGGCGUUGUGCACCGGACUGACAACAACCAUAAGAGAGAAAUGGUGGUUUAUGGCUGGUCAGCUGAUCAGCUGAAAGAGGAGAUGAAUUACAUUAAAGAAGUGAGAGCAACUCUGGAAAAAGUAAGAAAGAAAAUGUAUGGGGAGUAUGAUGAAAUGAAACGAAAAAUACAGCAGCUUACGAAUGAACUGAAAGUGACAAAUGCUCAUCAGGAAUCCUUAGAGAAUCAUGUGCGAGUGCAGGCUGCAGCCUUAGAUAGCUUUAGUGAAAUGAACAGCUCCUUGACAUCAGCAUCAAUAGACUUGCAGAAAACUCUGGUGGAUGUUACUUUGGAGAACUCUGAUAUAAGGGAACAAAUAAGGAAUUUAAAACACACACAUGAGCAAUCUAUGGAAAAGCUGAGAGAGAAGCAAAAACAACUGGAAACAGCACAGAUUGAAAAUCAGUUACUGAAAUUAAAGGUGGAAUCAUCACAAGAAGCCAAUGCUGAAGUCAUGAGAGAGAUGACGAGAAAACUGUACAGUCAGUAUGAGGAAAAACUGAGAGAAGAGGAGCAGAAACAUAAAGCUGAGAAGGAAAUUCUCCUAGAGGAAACCAACCGGCUUCUGAAGGCUAUUGAGGAGUCAAAUAAGAAGAUGCAGAUUACAGAAACAAGUAUACAGGAGAAAGACCAGAGAAUUGGUGAGCUGGAUCGGUUGAUUGAACGCAUGGAAGAGGAACGUCACCAGCUGCAAAAACAACUGGAACUAAAUGAAAUACAACUAUCUGGAGCAAAAUCUGAAAGCAACUCUGACAGUGAGAGGUCACAGCAUUUGGAGGAGGUAGCAGCUAGCCUAAGGGAGAGAAUAAAGCAUCUGGAUGAUAUGGUCCACUGCCAACAGAAGAAAGUUAAGCACAUGGUUGAGGAGAUUGAAAUGCUAAGAAAGAAAGUCAAAGAAAAGGAAUUAUUUAUAAUACAGCUUUUAGAAAAGAUUUCUUUCUUAGAAUGUGAGAAUAAAGAAUUACAAGAUAAAUUGGACUAUUUAAUGGAAAAUCAACCAAAGACCCAUGUAGAAACCAGAGAUGCUGGUGUAGGAUGUGAUCUUCCAUAUAGUACAAAUAAUGAUAACGGAAGAUCUCCUGAAAGCACAAGGCCAGUGAGGACAUACACCCCAUUCAAGAGAGUGUUGGAAUAUAGCACAAAGAACAGUACUUCUUGAGCAUCCAAGUCAACGUGCUUUCUAAAUACAAACAAGUAUUUUGCGCCUUUGCAGCUUGAUUAGAUAAAUUUUUAUCAAGUCAUAGAGAAGAACAGCAGCAUGGAGUCUUGCUAAAUUUAUCCUGAAAGCAGCUUUUUAGUAGCUUCCUAUCUGAAGUUACUACUGAUAUUAACUGUGAGGGAGAUAGGCAAGAAGCGGGAUGAACGAAACAGCAGUCUAUAUUGCUUCUUUAGAAGCUGUCUAGUGCAAUGUGUCAUUUCAAAUACCUACAAGGAAGGGGUUGUAUAGCUGUACAGAUUUUCUUCAAAUGUGUUCUAAUUUCAUUUGUACGAUGAAUCUCUAUUUUGUUUUCAAUACUACCAGAAACAGAAUCUAAAACUACCUUGGCAGGGGGCAUUAAUCUCAAAGCUCCUCCUUUGUGUGCAGAGUGUGAGAGCUGUUCAUGCUUACCAUAGAGACCUGCAGUGACUUAGGGCUCCAUUCACACAGAACAAGUUGACUAGGAACAAGCAUUCUCUUGCUGGGAGGGAGAAAUGCAACUGGGAUGUUCUCAGGAAAUUCCCUCUACGCAUGCAGAUGAAUGUUGUGUUUGUCACUCAAAAUAUUAAGUGAUAUAGCAGCUCUAUGAUGGAUUUUGCUUUAUUGGUUGAAUAUGUGGUUUGUACUUCCUAGUCACGGAGCACAGUGACCAUUGGUGAUACACUCACUAGUGACAGGGUAGGAAAAUCCCCGUUGCUUUUUUAAAAUUGCUUUUGCAUUACAGGAAGGAAUUCUCACUGGACAGCAUUUUGCCUUCAGUAACCUUCUGCAGUUCCUGCCAUUCCCACAUCAAUAACUAUCCUGAAUGAUUAUUUUGAUUUUGAGUAUGCUUUCAUUCCCUACAAACACUUAAAAUCUUAUCCCCAACUUCAGAGUACCAGCAGAAUGACUGCAUCUAACAACUGAAUUUAUUUAUACGGUCUUAGUUUUUACAUUUUAUUUUCAUCUCCCAGUUUUAUUGAAAUAAGUUUAGUUUAGUAUUUUCUUGUAUUCCUGUUGCCAUCAAUGUGGCAAGAUUUUUUCUAUUACAGCAACUGCUGUAGAAAACAAAUAAGUUGUUUUGUAUAACUCCUGUAUUGAAUAUGAACCCCAGGAGGUGUUCAUCUUGCCACAGGGCUGCAUAAAAUGAUUGCUUUUAUCUCCAGUCUAAUGCAAGUUUUUAAAUUCAGUACUCUCUGUUCAAUUAAUAUACUCAAAAUUGUAUUUAAAAUAAUAAUAUUUAACUCAUAAUCCCAAUCUUAUUUCUGCAUUCUUUCAUGGUUUUCUUAACUUGCUAGAAAUCUUAGUUUAUUCUUUAACUGUGCUGUUUAGCUACUAAGUAAAGAAGUCUGUACUGGAGCAUGGAGUGGAGGAUGUCUUGAUGCAGUACAAGUACCUCACAGAAACAUAAAUUGCUUGGUGUAAUUAAAGCAAAAGCAAAAUAAAAUGGGAAACUCUAACUUCUCCAUUUUUUAUGCUUGGAUCAUCAUCCAUCUGCAUGUAAGCUAUUUUUUUUUCUUUAUGACCUGAUCAACUCCUGAGAACUUAGAAUGGUCAUUCUUCCUAAAAAGUCAAAUGCAGUAUUGUGGAUUAUUUUAUGUGUAGAAUUCAAGAAAUACUGCAGUCAAAGCCACCGACAAAAACGUAAUCUAUCUACUGUUGAGGUAAGCCUGUAAUCUUUAUUGGACUAAAAGUCACAAACAUUAACAGUUGCUCAGUAUUACUUUAAAAAAGAAAAAUUCAAAGUUUUACCAAGUUAACUUAAUAGCUCUAAAUGGGAACUCAUGUUUAGUAUGCAUGUGAUGGAGUGAAUAAUUACUCCUAGAUAUCAAAAGGGGAAAAAAAAUAGCUAUUGCCUUAGUGAAUAGAAAUUAUAACACACAUUUACUUGAGUUGCUUCUCCCAGAGCAGAAGGAAAGGGCUUGAAAGGGAGGUCUCUGAGAAUUAAGAAUUCUACUCCCUUUAAAAGGUCCUCAGGCAAAGCACCUCAUUGUACAAGGCAGAGGAAUACCAAAUGCUGGAAUAUCAAAGAUGAGAAACCAGCUGACAGGUGCAGAAGCUGUAGCCUCAACCCCACAUAGAGUGUUCUUGAUUGAAGUUUUCAUGAUUGAGUGUGUUUGGGAGAUUGAGUUCCCAAAUAACAGUUAAUUUGAUCAAUACCUAAUUAAUUAGGUUGUGUACAAUGAAGAUCUUGAAGUGGAACUUUUUAAACA